CUAUUGAAACUUGUGUAUCAUGCAUUUAAAUAUUUUGUAAUUACAGAUUUGUGAUGAAGUUAUAAUUCAGUGCCGUUUAAGAUAUAUUACCUUUCAUUUUAAUUUCAAAUAACAAACAAUAGUUAAAAUUAUAAUGUACAUAAAAUGUAUAUAAAAUUCUGUGUACUUGUUUCUGGUGAGGGCUAACCUCAGUAUUUCACUUAUGGUCUUCUAUGCCACUUUUUAGAAAAGCAAACCAAAAUGAGGAAGAUGAAAGGCACGUGUGCAUUCUUCCAGCAAACAUGGAGGGCUGUGAAGUGUACAGUCCUGUAUUGCUACAGGGGCAACAAAGUAGACCCAGAGCAAUUCAGUUUCAAGCCAGUGGCUCAGCAAGAUCAAGCUGAUCCUCAGCCAGGUCCCUCCGGCCUCGGUUUAGAGUUAAUGACUGACCCUGACCCAUCUGGUCUCAAGUCUGAGUUAACAGCUGUCCCAGGUGCACCCAGUGUCGAGAUGACACGUACCACCGAUCCAGCUGAUCCUGAGCCUUUCUCUGUCUCGUGUCCAUCCAGUCUCCAGCUGACACCUGACAACAAUCCAACCAGUCCUGAUCCAUUAUCUGUACCACCUCCAUCCAGCCUUGAGCCAAUGGCUCCCCAAGAUCUGGCUGAUCCCCAGCCAGGUGCAUCCAAUCUUGAGCUGACACAUCAUACCGAUCAGGUUGAUUCUCAGCCGGUGAAUGUCUCAUGUCAGUCCAAUCAUGAGCUGACACCUGAUUCCGAGCCAGAACCUGCCCCAGGUCCAUCUGGCCUUCAUGCGGCGUUAACACCACUUCCGGGUCCAGCUGCCGGAUCAUUUUUCUCCCUUUAUGAUGUGGGAGUGUCACUGGGAUCAGGACAUUUUGGCACUGUGUAUGAGGGGAACCGUAGAUCUGAUGGCCAGAAGGUUGCCAUCAAAUUUUUAACCAAGUCGGUGCAGGAUUGCUUUAUUUAUAUUCCUGGGUGUAUCAGACCCCUGCUUGUGGAAGUGGCUCUAAAUCUGUUGGUGCGAGAGUCUCCCAAAAGCCCCUACAUUGUCCAAAUGUAUGAGUGGUUUGAGCAGCAUUAUCGUUACGUCUUGAUUUUGGAAUAUCCACAUCCAUGUAAGACCUUGCUCAGCUUCACCUUGAGCAAUGGAGGUUACCUUGAAGAAACUGUGGCACGUGGCUUAAUGCGCCAAGUGGUGCUCGCAGCCAAACAUUGUCUUGACCGAGGUGUCUUUCACCGUGACAUCAAGUCGGACAACAUCCUGGUCAACACAGAGACACUGCAGCUCAAAUUAAUAGACUUUGGCUGUGGCAAACAUUUCGAAACUUCUGAUUAUGAAGAGUACACAGAGUGCCCAGCAGUCAAAGCUACGGUCAAGUCUUUGGGUGUUUUGCUGUUCAGAAUGGUGAAUGGAAUCAGUUUUGUUGAUGUGCAGAUGAUUCCCUCCUCCACUUUAUCCAGUGAAUGCUGUGAUCUGCUAAACCAGUGCAAGAGCAGCAGCCUGACUUUAGACAAGCUCUUAGAACAUGAAUGGUUUAGGAAGAGCUGAAGGAGGAAAGAUAAUAUCUCUCAGGAUUCAGGCAGUAUUACACAAUAUUUGAAAAAAAGCAGAUAAUAGGAACUUUAGAAAUUAGUCUCUUGAAAGACUAAGCAAUGUUCUCAUUCAGUUUGGAAACGUGUAGUGAGACUUUAACAAAUAUGCUUAUUCAAAUAUAUAAAUGCAAAAUAAUAAAAUUUUAAUAUCAAAUGUUCAUAAUACGUAUAUAAUAUAAUAUGUAUAAAAUAUGUUGACACUGUAUGUGGUUUUAUUA